AUGAUCAAAUCCGGCAUAAACAACAUCUCGGUAAACAACCAAGCCGCAGGCGGAAACCGUGUCCUCGCCGACGGUCUGGGACCCUCCCUCAUCUCCCGCUACACCAGAGACGCCAUCAUGCAGGCUGGCGUCAAAUACGUGCUCCUCUUCAUGGGCGUCAACGACAUCGGCACUGCAUCCGCGGACUCCAGCACACAGACUCAAAUUUCCAACUCGCUAAUCUCGGCAUUCAAAACAAUAAUUGCGGAUUGUAAGAAGAAUGGACUCGUGAUAUUUGGAGCGACGAUCACGCCUUUUGGGGGUAGUGGACAAACUUAUGGUAAUCCGGAGAGGGAGAAGAGUCGAAAAAGGGUGAAUGAGUGGAUUUCGAGUAAGGAGGCGGGGUUUGAUGCUGUGGUGGAUUUUGCGAAGAUGCUUGCUGAUCCGAAUAAUCCGAGUCAGUUGAAGGGUGCCUAUGAUGGAGGUGAUCAUCUGCAUCCUAAUGGAGCGGGGUAUCAGGCUAUGGCUGAGGGGUUUCCGAUUGAGGUUUUCGAAAGAUUUGACGGUGCCGUUUGA